AUGACGGCCAUGGACUCCUUUGGCACAUACGACACCAUAGUUGUCGUUUCCCGAAAGCCAAACACAGAUGAUUCCACUUCUCUUGCACGUUUUGGCAAAAAAUCAGCUGGCACAAAUGUUCUGUUUGAACGCACGGUUCCAACAACAUUUCCUUCACGUGAAUUCAUAAAAUGGCCAACACAAGAAUGCUACAUACGUCAGGUUCAAGAUGGAUUUUUCGUCCUUGGUGGUUUUCCGAGUGUCCUAGGUUGCAUAGAUGGUACUCACAUACGUAUUCAGGCACCGACCAGAGAUGAACCAGCUUACGUUAAUCGGAAAGGAUACCACAGUAUCAACAUACAGGCAGUGUGUGACCACGAAGGUAAAUUUACGAAUGUGUGUGCUAAAUGGCCGGGAUCAACUCAUGAUAGCCACAUAUUUAGAACCUCUACUUUGUGUGAAUACUUAGAGAGGUCGCACACUUCAAUAUCAGAUGGCUUUCUAUUAGGAGACAGUGGAUAUCCUUGCAGGCCUUUUCUCCAAACCCCAUACAUGACUCCACAAGGCAAUGCUCAGCAGAGAUACAAUGACAGCUUGUGUGCUACAAGAGUUACAAUAGAAAGAACAUUUGGUCGAUGGAAAAGACGGUUUCAUGUACUUCAUUCUGAGAUAAGGAUGAGUCCACGCCGUGGGUGUCAGAUUGUCCUUGCCUGUGUAGUCCUCCACAAUAUAUCCAUAUUACUGAACGAGCCAUUACAAGAUGACAACGACAACCCAGAUGAACAGCCAACAGUGGACACAUGGAGGAAGGCAUGAUGGACGAGGCAUUAGAGAUCAUAUUGCCAAUACCUUCUUCUCCAGCUAAUAAACUACAAACAGAGGACACAAGAAUUAAAUAUAGUGAUAAUUAAACUGCAGGUUUAUUACAUCAUAGAAAGUAACAGUUGAGAUGGACUGAAAUUGUCAAUAUCAUCACGUUGCAGUAUUUGCUCAAGGAGUUGAAUUUGUAGCUUAAGUUUCUUUUUUUCCAUUUCCUGUUUUUCUAG